ACGAGGUUUGCGUCGCUCCCGCUUCCGGCCGAGACUGCGGGAAGAUGGCGGCGGCCAUGGCGGCAACCGCCCUGACAGUCACCUUCGGGCGGUUGGUGUCCGCAUGCAGCCGCAGCAUCCUGAGACCUUCUGGGCCCGGAGCGGGGUCCCUUUGGUCUGCUGCUCAAAGGUUCAAUUCGCAGAGUACUUCAUUUCCACCAGGAUAUGUUCCUAAAACCUCCCUGAGUUCACCUCCAUGGCCAGAAAUUGUCCUGCCAGACCCAGUUGAGGAGACCAGACACCAUGCGGAGAUCGUGAGGAAGGUGAAUGAGCUGAUCGCCACGGGGCAGUACGGCAGGCUCUUUGCUGUGGUACACUUUGCCAGCCACCAGUGGAAAGUGACCUCCGAAGACCUGAUCUUAAUUGGAAAUGAACUAGACCUCCAGUGUGGAGAGAGAAUUCGACUGGAGAAGGUGAGACCACCAAGCUUCUCUGGACAUUCAGGGGCUCAGCCACCAAAUAUGCAAUCCCUACGCUCCAGCUCACACUGAGGAGGGUCCCCCCAG